AUGCUUCCUGUUAUCCCUGAUGUUCGCGCCCGACUUGCCAAAAAGUCCGUCUAUUCUCGCAACAGUGCAACCAUGAUAUUUGAUCGUCAAACACUCCGUGACUCAACAAAUUGCCAUUCGUUAAGUUCUUAUUCCGGAAUGACAGAACUUCCUGCUCUUAAGGUCAAAAAAUCGGAAGUCAAGCUAGAUAUCCCCACACACGAAAAAAAGCCCCGUCGUUCUUCUUAUUCCCAAAAAUAUUACAAUAAGAAGUCAAACCCAUAUAGGGACGCUGAAAACUACGUCGAUCCUGCUUUUAUAAAACAAGCAAAAAAGUCUAUCAAAGGAUUUUAUAAAAACAGUUAUCAUAGCAAUAACGAAGACAAUGACGAUAGUUACAUCGAAAUACCAGGACUGCCUCCACCAAAGGCCAAAUCCCCAGAACUUGCACCAAUUCAAUCAGAAUCCGAGUUAACUGUCUUAGAUAUUGUACUGUGA